UGACCCCCGGCCGCCCGCACAGCCGCCGCCGCCGCACCAUGCUCCGCGUGUCCGCGCUCGCCGCCCGCGCUCUCGGGCCCCGCCUGGGCCGCCGCUUGCUGUCGGCCGCCGCGCAGGCCGUCCCGACCCCCAACCAGCAGCCCGAGGUCUUCUGCAACCAGAUCUUCAUAAACAAUGAGUGGCAUGAUGCCGUCAGCAAGAAAACGUUCCCCACCAUCAACCCGUCCACGGGGGAAGUCAUCUGCCAGGUCGCCGAGGGAGACAAGGCAGACGUGGACAAGGCCGUGAAGGCCGCCCGGGCUGCCUUCCAGCUGGGCUCACCCUGGCGCCGUAUGGAUGCGUCCACCAGGGGCCAGCUGCUGAACCGCCUGGCUGACCUGAUCGAGCGGGACCGGACAUACCUGGCCGCCCUGGAGACUCUGGACAAUGGCAAACCCUACGUCAUCUCCUACCUGGUGGAUCUGGACAUGGUCGUCAAAUGCCUCCGAUACUAUGCUGGCUGGGCCGAUAAGUACCACGGGAAGACCAUCCCCAUCGACGGCGAUUUCUUCAGCUACACCCGCCACGAGCCCGUGGGGGUGUGUGGACAGAUCAUCCCGUGGAACUUCCCGCUCCUGAUGCAAGCGUGGAAGCUGGGCCCGGCGCUGGCGACUGGGAACGUGGUGGUGAUGAAAGUGGCCGAGCAGACCCCGCUCACCGCCCUCUACGUGGCCAACUUGAUUAAGGAGGCCGGCUUUCCCCCGGGCGUCGUCAACAUCGUGCCUGGCUUUGGCCCCACCGCCGGCGCUGCCAUCGCCUCCCACCCCGACGUGGACAAAGUGGCCUUCACGGGCUCCACAGAGGUCGGCCGCCUCAUCCAGGUGGCUGCAGGGAGCAGUAACCUCAAGAGGGUCACGCUGGAGCUGGGCGGAAAGAGCCCCAACAUCAUCAUGUCCGAUGCUGACAUGGACUGGGCCGUGGAGCAGGCCCACUUCGCCCUGUUCUUCAACCAGGGCCAGUGCUGCUGUGCCGGCUCCCGGACCUUCGUGCAGGAGGACGUUUAUAACGAGUUUGUGGAGCGGAGCGUGGCGCGCGCCAAGUCCCGCGUGGUCGGGAACCCCUUCGAUAGCAACACAGAGCAGGGCCCACAGGUGGACGAGCAGCAGUUUAAGAAGAUCCUUGGCUACAUCAAAUCUGGGAAGGACGAAGGGGCCAAGCUGCUGUGCGGGGGCGGGGCCGCGGCCGACCGGGGCUACUUCAUCCAGCCCACCAUAUUCGGGGACGUGCAGGACGGCAUGACCAUCGCCCGGGAGGAGAUCUUUGGCCCAGUGAUGCAGAUCCUGAAGUUCAAGACCAUCGAGGAAGUCGUGGGCAGAGCCAACGAUUCCAAGUAUGGCCUGGCCGCAGCCGUCUUCACCAAGGACUUGGACAAGGCCAACUAUCUGACCCAGGCCCUCCAGGCGGGCACUGUGUGGGUCAACUGCUAUGAUGUCUUUGGGGCCCAGUCGCCCUUUGGGGGCUACAAGAUGUCCGGGAACGGCCGGGAGCUGGGGGAGUACGGACUGCAGGCCUACACGGAAGUGAAGACCGUCACAGUGAAAGUCCCUCAGAAGAACUCCUAAAGAGCGUCGCCAGCCGCCACUCAACCCUGACCAUUCCGCACGAUCAGCCCGACCAAGAAAAAUCACCCUUGCAUGCUGAAAUUUUCUGAAAAAAAAAAAAAAAAAAAUCUCCCACAAAAAUCCCCUGGAUCGAGAAAGUUCCCGAAUCUGAAUUGAGCAAUUGGCAGUGAGGGGUGGGUGGUGAGGGGGCACGGACAGCCUUUCACACAGCAGUACAGCUCGCAGUAGGGGGGGUGGAGGGGGAAGGCCAAGGAUUGGUGAUAAGAAAUGUCUCACCCUGUCCUUCUCACACUCCGUCCCUGCUUUUCAUAAAGGAGAGUAAAAGCUGUUGUUUGCCGUUGCACUAACGCUAAGGCAGCCGCUAGCUAGCACCUCGCUUUGUAUUCUAGACAAAAACUUGGGGCCCGAGCGAUAGUCCAGCGGAGAGGGCGUUUGUUUGCCUGCACACGGCCGACCCGGAGUUCAAUCCCCGGCAUCCCAUAGGCUCCCCUGAGCACCGCCAGGGCUAAUUCCUGAGUGCAGAGCCAGGAGUGAUCCCUGAGCAUGGCCGGGUGUGACCCCCCCCAAAAAAUACAAACAAAAAACUCAAAUGAAAAAAAUGCUCCUCCCUCCCCCCCCACCACCACCACACACACACACACACACACACACACUUUUCCAGUAACUUCCUCCAGCUGAACAGACCAGCAGCAGAGGUAUAGGACAGGUUGUACCAAGCCGCCACCCCUUGGGUGGUAACAGGUGGUGUUUCUUCCGGUUCAUGAACAAAUCCCUGUGUUCAUGAACACAACCCGUGCCAGGCCUGACGUUGGCACCUAAAAACUCCCAUUUCCUGGGCGAAAGGGGCGGGUGGCGCAGGAAAGCAGCCCUUGUCCCGGCCGGCUCCCAGCAGGACCUGUGCUUUCCGUAAUCAGACGCCCGUCUCCUCUCCUCCCUCCCGUCAGCAGACCCGGCCGAGGAGUUACUCGUAUUGUUAGGCAGAAACUUGGCUCUCAGAGUCCUGGAUGGGCCACGGAAUUGGAGCCAGAAGGGCUGGGUCACGGUAUUGGUUUGGGGUCAGGUUUGGGACACUCAUUCUUGAAGGCUUUGAGGGAAAGUCUGGAUUGUUUUGGAUGUCCUGUUAUAUCAUUUUUGCCUGCAAUGUCAGAGGGAGAGGAAACGCAAUGGGUUUCAUUUCUUCACCCAGAUCUUCACUGCAGCUAAGCUCUGUCCUGAUAGGCCAGCCCUGUUACAUUAAAGGCUCAUUUGACUUACCCGGA